CUGCGUCGCGUAGCGUUACACGCAUCGGUAAACAACAAGUUACUCGGACAACAUACACGCAAGUGCCAGUCACAGCACAGUCACAGUUGCCACUCUUUUGUGGAUGGUGCUCUCGUGCGCCCAUUGCUUUAUGCAUAACAAUAAUCGGGGGAAGCCGAGUGCUUAUAACAUUACCAUAAUGUAACUAAAUAGCAGUGCAACUUCAUUAUAACUUCUAUUCGCCCCUCUUCGCAAUUAACGACAAUAAACUUUAAUACUUUCUAAAACGUAUUUAUUUCUCCGCGUGUGUUUCCUUUCAAGUCCGCGCCAACAAACCGUGUGUGUGUUUUAUAAAAUAAUAAUUUAAUAGUUGUAAAGUUCUUCGACAUGACCAUAUCAUAUGCUGGUGAAGUUCCAAACGGCAGCAGUUUCGGCUGUUUCUGGCGAAUCCUGUGCAAAUGGAGAGGAAGUGUCUACAAGCUAGUGUGGCGGGAAUUAGUAGCAUAUCUCACACUUUAUUAUACUAUCAACUUAUUAUAUCGGUUCGCGUUAAAUGAACACCAGCAAAGAGUAUUCGAGAAAGUCCGGCAGUACUUCGGUGCACAAAUCGAGUCGAUACCGAUGUCUUUCGUGCUGGGAUUCUACGUAAGUCUGGUUGUGAAGCGAUGGUGGGAGCAAUACAAACUGCUUCCCUGGCCUGAUACCCUUGCCCUCUUCAUCUCUGCUGGAAUUCCUGGAGCGGUUAGUAAAGAUGAAACAGGCAGACUUAUGAGGAGAAAUAUAGUGAGAUAUGCGAUCCUAGCCUAUGUAAUAACGUUACAAAGAGUGUCUCUUAGAGUCAAACGAAGAUUUCCUACGUGGCAACAUGUUGUAGAUUCUGGUCUGAUGCUUGAAAGCGAAAGAAAAGUCUUCGAGAAAAUGGACGGCAAGAGUCCAAUGUCGAAGUAUUGGAUGCCACUCGUGUGGGCGACGAAUAUAAUUAACAGAGCUCGUAAGGAGGGCUUGAUAACCAGUGAUCACAUUGUUCAAACUUUGCUUGUGGAACUAUCUGAUAUACGACGGAGAUUGGGAGCACUAAUAGGAUACGAUACUGUGUGUGUUCCUCUCGUAUAUACGCAGGUUGUUACACUGGCUCUGUAUACGUACUUUGUGGCCGCUCUAAUGGGUCGCCAGCUCCUGCCACCUGCCCCCGGCAGUACCUCCAAGUACGAACCCGAUGUCUACUUCCCUGUGUUCACCGCUUUACAGUUUUGCUUCUACGUUGGUUGGCUGAAGGUAGCCGAGGUACUUAUAAAUCCCUUCGGCGAGGACGACGACGAUAUCGAGUUGAACUGGCUUAUCGACAGGCACAUCAAGGCUGCAUAUAUGAUAGUGGAUGAAAUGCAUGAAGAACAUCCAGAACUUCUUAAAGACCAGUAUUGGGAGGAAGUGGUACCUAAGGAUUUGCCGUACACCGUCGCCUCAGAACAUUACAGACGUCACGAGCCACCUUGUUCCGCUGAUCAUUACAAAGUCAAAGCUGAAGACGCUGUAUACGCUAAUGUACAAAUACCAAGGAAAAGUAACGAAGAAACAUACGCAGAUUACGAAAGUGUUGAUACACCGUUAGUUGAACGAAGAAAGAAUUGGUUUCAACGGCAAAUAUCUCGAAUGGAAUCUGUACGUUCAGCGUCUACCGCGUAUUCUUCAGGAGGUCUCUUCGGAAGGAACCGCCACAACUCUGUCGUGUAUUCUAGUCCUGAAGCUGGUCAGGCCACAGCUGCGGCGCCGCCACAUCACAAGAUGUCGCUCUACGAAAGAUUAGUUGGACGGAAAUCGGUUCGUGGCCAACAUAGGCAGAACUCCAAACAUGGACAAAAAAGCAAUGGAUCCGCGAUACCAAUAACACUCCGCAACCGACCUCGAAUCCCCACACCUGAUGUCACCAAAGAGGUUAUAGACCGUGAAAACAGGCUCGCCGUCGGCAUGCAGAAUAUGGGUGUUAUAAUGGCUCAUCAGGGAUAUCAAAACGAAGUGCCUGUACUCGGUGCAUUGGUUCUUUCACCUAUACAAGAAUUAGAUAGCGGCUCAGUUAAUAACACGCUACAUGCAGGUCAGCCGGGGACAACAGCACUCGCUCAAGCGGUGCUCUCUCCUAACCUCACAUCAACAGGUCUAGCACCAAUGUUGACGGCGGCUCCGGUCGUCUCGUCUGUCACUUUAUCACCAAUGGGAGUAUCUCAGUUGACUCUAGUGAAUGGGUCAGCGCCUUCUACUCCUCGCACGGAGCGAGGUAAAGGCGUAAUCGGAACCCCCUUAUCUCCUCGUACCACAGUAGUGGAAGUAGCAUCGUCAGAUCGCGACAGUGAACACAGCGCCACCAGCACUGCGACCGCCCCAGACUUCACAAGGAAACCGAACGGCUCCAAAAGAGGCGAAGUAUACGUUUAACCUGGAAUAGUGAUAAAAUCAACCGUCCAUUUUUUUUGGUGCUUGAGAUAUUGUGAUUGAUAUUUUUAAUUUUUUUUUUUGUACAAAAUUAUAGCGUUUUGAGUGACGAAGAUACGAAUAGUGAUAAUAGUGUUUGUAUCUAUAUAGUGAAAUUGUUUAUUUGACGAAUGUUUAUGACAUUAAUAUUAAGCACAAACAGGGAUUGAAAUAGAAAAAUACGUUAGAUAAAAAUACUGAUGCGCGACAAUAAGAUAUGAGGUAUCUUUAUAAUUAUGUUUUUUUUACAAAAAUUAAAUGUAAAACAAAAAUUCUUAUAUCUAUUUUGAAGUUUUUGUACUUGGGACCUAACAUUAAUAUUUGUGACAAAAUUUGUGCAACGAUCUCUCGGGCGGCGUAAAGUACACAAAAAAUCUCAUACGAAUUUUGACAUAAUUGA